AGAAAGACUCCAGCGACGGAAUUCCAUCUUGCUCUCACGGUUCCAGAGAUUAAAAUAUUUCUCGCCGGCGGUGACCAGACGUUUCCGACGCCAGUUCCCGGAAAACCAUUUCCAGCCCAGAAAACCACUUGCGGGAACUCGAGGUAGAUGACAAAUGGGUUGCGUCCUCGGUAAGCGACCCGCCGCCGCUGGCAGAGAGACCGCCGCUGCCGGCCGCUCUCCGACGGUCUCGGACAACCCCCGGAUCCCGUCUUCGCCCAGGGACCCCGCCGUGUGGCCCGCCUGGCUCUCUGCCGCCGCCGGCGACGCCCUCCGCGGGUGGUCGCCCCGCCGCGCUGACGCUUUCCAGAAGCUCGCCAAGAUCGGAUCGGGGACGUAUAGCAACGUGUACAAGGCGAGGGAUUUGGAGACGGGGAUGAUGGUGGCGCUGAAGAAGGUGAGGUUCGAGGCGGUGGAGCCGGAAAGCGUGCGGUUCAUGGUGAGGGAAAUCGCGGUGCUGCGGCGGCUGGAUCACCCCAACGUGGUGAGGUUGGAGGGGCUCGCCACCUCCCGCGUCUCCGCCGCGCUCUACCUCGUCUUCGAGUAUAUGGAGCACGACCUCGCCGGUCUCGCCUCCGCCCCCGGCGUCCGCUUCACCGAGCCCCAGGUCAAAUGCUACAUGAAACAAUUACUAUCUGGUCUUGAGCAUUGCCAUAGCAGAGGUGUCUUGCACCGAGAUAUCAAGUGCUCGAAUCUGCUUCUCAACAAUGAAGGAAUGCUUAAAAUAGCUGAUUUCGGACUAGCUUCUACCUUUGAUCCUAACCACAAACAACGCAUGACUAAUAGAGUUGUUACGUUGUGGUAUCGUGCCCCGGAACUUCUAUUAGGUGCCACUUAUUAUGGCGUUGGUGUCGACCUUUGGAGUGCCGGCUGCAUAUUGGCAGAGUUGCUUGGAGGGAAGCCAAUAUUGCCUGGACGAACAGAGGUGGAACAAUUGCACAGGAUCUUUAAGCUAUGUGGAACCCCUUCAGAGAAGUACUGGAAGAAGUCAAAAUUGCCCCAUGCAACUAUUGUUAAGCCACGGCAACACUACAAGCGUUGCAUAGCAGAAACCUUCAAAGAUUUUUCAGCAUCUGCGUUGUCUCUCAUUGAAACGCUCCUUGCAAUCAACCCAGAUGAGCGAGGCACGGCAACUGCUGCUUUGAACAGUGAAUUCUUCACCACAAAGCCUUAUGCCUGCGAGCCAUCAAGCUUACCUCAGUAUCCUCCUAGCAAAGAAAUGGAUGUGAAAUUGAGGGAUGAGAAGGCCAGAAGGCAAAGAAGGGUUGACAGGAAAGGAAACGGUGAUGUUACAAGGAAAGCCCGCAUCCAUCAUCGGCGAAGCAGGGCAGUCCCAGCACCAGAGGCGAAUGCUGAGCUGCAAGUUAACUUAGAUCGGAGGAGGCCGAUGACUUGUGCGAACGUCACGAGCAAAAGCGAGAGGUUCCCUCCUCCGCACCAAGAUGGAGCGGUCGGGUUCCCAUUGGAUGAUCCACGCAAUGGAACAUCAUCCUUCAUUGUAGCAGAUGCUUCUUUUGAUUCAUCAUUCUUUGAGGCAAUAGAAAAUUCUGGUGGUGCAUUGCCAGGCAAGAGUACUGCCAGAAGGAAGAGUACAAGUAAAGAGGAACAUCAAUUGGCUCCUUCCCAUUCUUUGAUGAGAUCGCUCAGGCCAUCCUCUAUCGGGCUACUGAUGGAUCUCAGAAGAAACACAAGAAUCCAUAGAAGAACCAAAGGAAAGGAGUUGGAAGUUUUUGGUGCUGGCGCUUGAACAGUUCCUUGUAUUGGAUCUUUCUAGUUCUUCUCUCUCUUAGACAUGCCAUUCUACUCUAUCCAUUUUCUUCUUCUUCUUCUUCUUUUUUGAUUUCUGUACAGUAUUGAGGUUCAGAUGCAGUAUGCCAAGAUAUAAUAAAGGAAGGAAUAUGAUCCUUAGUAGUGACAGAAAAUUUCUCUAA